AUAAAUUCGGAGAUACUUUUAUCCACGUUCGUUCGGAUUGGGAGUUGCGGAGAGUGAGAAAAUGGCGGCACCGCCACUUCCAAAUCUCUUCCUCCCGCCAUUUUCACCCACGAGCUAUAGACUGAGCCCUAAUUCCUAUUUUUCGGCUAGUACUGCCACUGCCACUGCCGGCGCACGGCGGGCGACUCCGUUCGUUGCUUGUUCUUCUGCAACAGCGAGAGUUGGAGAAGGAGUCAAUCCAGAUGAUUAUCAUUCCACACUAAGAGCUCUCAAUUCCAAAGGCCGCACGCCCAGAAAAUCUCUCGGCCAGCAUUAUAUGUUGAACUCUUCAAUUAACGAGCAGCUGGCUGCUGCAGCUAAUGUUAAAGAGGGCGAUGUGGUUUUAGAAAUUGGGCCUGGAACUGGGUCGUUAACCAAUGUCCUCAUUAGUGCAGGUGCUACAGUGCUUGCAGUUGAGAAGGAUUCAUAUAUGGCUGCUCUAGUAGAUGAAAGAUUUGCUAACACAAACAGAUUGAAGGUUCUGAACGAGGACUUUGUUAAAUGUCAUGUGAGCUCACAUAUGAUGUCGUUGCUCAAAAGUAUUGAGUUGUCUGAUUCAAGAUCACAACCUGCUAAAGUAGUCUCCAACAUACCUUUCAAUAUAAGUACAGAUAUAAUUAAACAACUUCUUCCAAUGGGAGACAUUUUCUCAGAAGUUGUUCUUUUACUUCAGGAGGAGGCAGCUCUACGCUUAGUGGAAACAUCUCUGAGGACAUCCGAAUAUCGACCCAUCAAUGUAUUUGUGAACUUUUAUUCAGGUCCUGAAUUGAAAUUUAAAGUUCCGAGGACAAACUUUUUUCCUCAGCCUAAUGUUGACGCAGCUGUUGUAUCUUUCAAGCUGAAGCAAUCUGCAGACUAUCCGGCAGUUUCAUCCACCAAAAGUUUCUUCUCAAUGGUUAACUCAGCAUUCAAUGGAAAGCGUAAAAUGUUGAGAAAAUCUCUUCAACACAUAUGCACAUCCCUUGAGAUAGAAAGAGCUUUAAAAGAUUCUAGCCUUCCCGCAACUUCAAGACCGGAGGAGCUAAGCUUAGAUGAUUUUGUUAGGUUGCACAAUUUGAUAGUGGAACAGUAGUUCCUGAGGCAUUAACUUGAAAGGAUGAUCAACUCAAGUUCCUGCAGGAUGGCUGUACUUCCUACUUUGGAAACCAUCACUAAUCAACUAUCUAAGAAACGCUUAAUUGGUGGCUCUGUAUAUGAGGUCGUAAGGAUGGUAUCUGUAUAAGGAAUGCUCAUUCAUCGUUUUUACGCUAACAUAAAAGAAGAAAGGAAAGAAAGUGAAGGGUGGAACAUGAGAAGUCAACUGGGAAGGAAGCGUCCACAGCAGCUCCAGGAGAAGUAUCAAUGGAAGCUAGGUAAGCGAAAAGAGAAGGGGGGAUUCUUCUAAUUUCUAUUAUUUCCCUCUUUUAGUGGUAAUUUAUAUGAGCAACUUUGUUGUUACUGUUCAUUUUAGGAUGAAAUAAACUCUUUUAGUUGUAUCUUGUAUGUAACUGAACUUUAGUGUUGGAAAGGAUAGAAAUCAGCGAGUUGAAAGUUGAAUCAUGCAUCCCUUCAUCUUGUUGCUCAAUUCAUCUAUAGCCUGUUCAUUUUUGA